AUGUGGAGGAUCCGCUGGACAAUGCAUCGUGCGCUUUCAUAUUCAUAUAGUCGUUUCCAUGAUUACCAGUGGCAACCAAUUCAUAAGGAAUGGGCUGAAAUCGCUAAAAAAGCUUUGAAAGGUAAGGAGGCGAGUGAUUUAAUUUGGCACACGGCGGAAGGUAUUGAUAUUAAGCCAUUGUAUACUGCGGAAGAUAGGGAAUGCGAUGUUGGCAAGAAAGCUGAGUUGCCCGGAAGUUUUCCAUAUACUCGUGGACCUUAUCCGACAAUGUACACUCAUCGACCAUGGACAAUUCGUCAAUAUGCUGGUUUUUCAACUGUUGAAGAAUCGAACAAAUUUUAUCGUGAUAACAUCAAAGCUGGGCAGCAAGGCCUUUCUGUAGCUUUUGAUUUAGCUACUCAUCGGGGUUAUGAUUCCGAUAAUCCACGUGUAUAUGGUGACGUUGGUAUGGCUGGUGUAGCUGUCGAUACGGUAGAAGAUAUGAAACGACUUUUCGAAGGCAUUCCAUUAGAUAAAAUGUCCGUUAGUAUGACGAUGAAUGGUGCAGUUAUACCAAUUUUAGCAAUGUUUAUCGCUGGUGCUGAGGAAACGGGUGUUCAACGAAAACAGUUGGCAGGUACAAUUCAGAAUGAUAUCCUGAAAGAGUUUAUGGUUCGCAACACAUAUAUAUAUCCUCCAGCCCCAUCGAUGCGAAUUAUUGGCGAUAUUUUUGCAUAUACAGCUAAAGAAAUGCCAAAAUUUAAUUCAAUCUCGAUAAGUGGUUAUCAUAUGCAGGAGGCUGGCGCUGAUGCUGUUCUUGAGAUGGCGUUUACAAUUGCAGAUGGCAUACAGUAUUGUCAAACAGGAUUAGAUGCUGGUCUAAAGAUUGAUGCUUUUGCUCCUCGAUUAUCCUUUUUCUGGGGCAUUUCUAUGAAUUUUUAUAUGGAGAUAGCGAAGAUGCGUGCGGGCCGUCGACUUUGGGCUACAUUGCUUAAGGAACGCUUUGAUCCCAAAAAUCCGCGUUCUAUGAUGUUGAGAACACACUCGCAAACUUCCGGAUGGUCACUUACGGAACAGGAUCCUUAUAAUAAUAUUAUUCGUACCACAAUCGAGGCAAUGGCAUCUGUUUUUGGUGGUACGCAAUCACUGCACACCAAUUCAUUCGAUGAAGCACUUGGUCUUCCAACUCCAUUUUCUGCCCGUAUCGCCCGUAAUACCCAAAUCAUUAUACAGGAAGAAUCGGGCAUAUGCAAGGUCGCUGAUCCAUGGGGUGGCUCAUAUAUGAUGGAAUCAUUAACCGAUGAACUGUACAACAAAGCUAGAAAGAUUAUUGAAGAUGUCGAUAAGUUAGGUGGAAUGGCCAAAGCUGUUGCCAGUGGUAUGCCAAAACUUCGAAUUGAAGAAGCUGCUGCGAAGAAACAAGCCCGUAUUGAUUCUGGUAAAGAAAUUAUUGUUGGUGUCAAUAAAUAUCGGUUAGAAAAGGAGGAAUGUGUCGAAGUAUUGCAUGUGGAUAAUGCUAAAGUACGUGAAAGUCAGACGGCCAAAUUGAAACAUAUCAGAGAGACAAGAGAUGCUAACCGAGCCAAAGCAGCUUUGGACCGAAUUACGGAAUAUGCAAAAGGUGAUGGAAAUCUUCUAGAGGCAGCAGUGGAAGCAGCUAGCGCUCGUUGUACUGUUGGUGAAAUUAGCGAUGCAAUGGAGAAAAUUUUUUCUAGGUAUGCAGCAACUAUUCGCAUGGUUAGCGGUGCAUAUAAAUCAGCAUUCGGUGAACAUAAUGAAAUCGAUGAAGUCAUGAAAUAUGUCAAAAAUUUUGCUAAGAAAGAGGGUCGCCAGCCGCGUAUAAUGGUUGCAAAGAUGGGACAAGAUGGACAUGAUCGAGGAGCAAAAGUUAUUUCAACAGGAUUUGCUGAUCUUGGUUUUGAUGUUGAUGUGGGACCACUUUUCCAAACACCGGAGGAAGCUGCACAACAAGCAGUGGACGCUGAUGUGCAUGUGGUCGGAGCAAGUAGCUUGGCAGCUGGUCACUUAACUCUUGUGCCUGCUUUAAUUGAACAACUGAAAAAACUUGGGCGACCUGAUAUACUUGUAAUUGCUGGGGGAGUUAUUCCUCCACAAGAUUAUGAUGCUCUUUAUAAGGCCGGUGUUGCUGCUAUUUUUGGUCCUGGAACUCGUCUUCCUGAUUGUGCUCUUGAGGUUAUUUUAUUACUAAACUUAGGACUUUUGAAUAUUUUUACGCUUAAGUUACUAUAG